GACUUGUGCAUUCUUCCAAGCGGCCGCAGCUUGAUUCCAGACAGCGCUCACAGUGUUAAGAUUGACUUCAUGUCUGCAGAGACCAUCAGUUAUAGUUAUGAACACAGAGGAGAACAGAGCAGAGUCUCCAUCACCCAGCUGUGUUUCUAUGAAGAGUGACUGGUCCAAAGGUGUUCCUCCUGUAUUCAGUAAUGAUCCUGGAGCAGCAGAUCCAAGACGGAGGAAGAGGAAAAGUGUUAGUGAAGAGGAGCAGCCGUCCUGCUGUGCUCUGUGUCAAAACCUGCUGAUGGAUCCUGUCUCUACCAGCUGUGGACACUGGUUCUGCAGACAGUGCAUUGGGUCUCACUGGGCCCAGUCUACUUCAUCAGAACCCUCCUCCUGCCCCCAGUGUGGAAAAAGACCUAGAACUGGAGAUGGAUCUCUGACAGCCAAUCAGAGCAGCUUUGCAACAGCAGAUGUUGGUCUGCAGGAGGUUCUAGAGGAACAUAAGAUCAGCCUGAGGAGGAGAUGUGAAUGUGUGACUGAAGGAAGCGAUCAAACAGGAAGUAGAACCCUCCUCAACAGGAUCUACACUGAUCUCUACAUCACAGAGGGACAGAGUGAAGAGUUUAAUACCCAACAUGAGGUGAAGCAGCUGGAGAGAGCUUCAAUGAUCCAGAACCUCCAUGAUUCUCCAAUCAGGUGCCACGACAUCUUCAAAGCCUUCCCUGACCAACAUGGAGCCAUCAGAGUGGUUCUGACCAACGGCGUCGCUGGUGUUGGAAAAACCUUCUCAGUGCAGAAGUUCACUCUGGACUGGGCAGAGGGCUUGGAGAACCAAGAUGUCAGUGUGGUGGUUCUGCUUUCCUUCAGGGAGCUGAACCUGAUCAGAGAUCAGCAGCACAGUCUUCUCACGCUGCUCCAUGUUUUCCAUCCAACCCUCCAGAAGCUCCCAGCAGAGAAUCUGGCUGAUUUGAAGCUUCUCUUCAUCUUUGACGGUCUGGAUGAAAGCAGACUUUCUCUGGACUUCAACAACAGUCCGCUUGUUUCUGACGUCACACAGAAGUCAUCAGUCAACGUUCUGCUGAUGAACCUCAUCAAGGGGAACCUGCUUCCCUCGGCUCUGGUCUGGAUAACUUCCAGACCUGCAGCAGCCAAUCAGAUCCCUCCUUCCUGUGUUUCCAGGGUAACAGAAGUACGAGGCUUCACUGACGCCCAGAAGGAGGAGUACUUCAGGAGGAGGUUCAGCGAUGAAGAGAUGUCCAGCAGGAUCAUCUCCCACAUCAAGACCUCCAGGAGCCUCCACAUCAUGUGUGGGAUCCCAGUGUUCUGCUGGAUCACUGCUACGGUUCUGGAGAACCUGAUGACCACAGAGCACAGAGGAGAGCUGCCCAAGACCAUGACUGACAUGUAUUUACACUUCCUGCUGGUCCAGACCAGGAGGAAGAAGAACAAGUACCAUGAAGGACAUGAGAGGAGUCCACAGGAGCUGAUGGAGGCUGACAGGGAAGUUCUCCUGAAGCUGGGGAGGCUGGCCUUUGAACAUCUGGAGAAAGGAAACAUCAUGUUCUACCAAGAAGACCUGGAGCAGUGUGGUCUGGAUGUCACAGAGGCCUCGGUGUACUCAGGCGUUUGUACAGAGAUCUUCAAAAGAGAGAGCGUGAUCUUCCAGAAACCAGUCUACUGCUUUGUUCAUCUGAGCAUCCAGGAGUUUCUGGCUGCAAUCUACAUGCUCCACUGUUUCACUAGCAGGAACACAGAGGUGGUGGAGAACUUUCUGGAAAAAGCAUAUAGUGAAUCAUCAUUGAUGGACUUCAUGAAAAAAGCCUUAGAGAAAUCCCUCAGAAGUAAAAAUGGCCACCUGGACCUGUUUGUUCGCUUCCUUCAUGGCCUCUGUGUGGAGUCCAACCAGAAACUCCUGGGAGGCCUGCUGGGUCAGAUAGAGAACAGUCCACAAACCAUCCAGGAGAUAAUCAACAAUCUUAAGAUGAAAAGAACCCAGCCAACUCCUGAUGGACACAUCAACAUCUUCCAGUGUCUGAUGGAGAUGAAGGACCUCUCACUUUAUCAGGAGAUCCAACAAUUCCUGAAAUCAGAGAAAAGAUCAGAGAAGCUCUCUUUGUCCCAGUGUUCAGCUCUGGCCUGCAUGCUGCAGAUGUCAGAGGAGGUUCUGGAUGAGUUCAACCUGAAGGAGUACAAGACAACAGCAGCAGGACGACGUAGACUGAUUCCAGCUGUGAGGAACUGCAGAAAGGCUCGACUUGGUGGCUGUUCUCUCAGUGAGGCUGACUGUGAAAUCGUGGCCUCAGCUCUGAAGUCCAACCUUCAUCUGACUGAAGUGAUAAUAGAUGAGAUCGGUGGAAAGAAAACCUUUGGAGACUCUGGAAUGAAGCAUCUGUGUGAGAUUCUGGCGAGUUCAAUCUGCAAAGUGAAGAAACUGAGACUUGGAGGCUGUUUUCUCUCUGAGGCUGAAUGUGAAAUUGUGACCUCAGCUCUGAAGUCCAAACCCUCUGAUCUGACUGAAAUGAUAAUAGAUGAGAUCAGUGGAGGGAAAACCUUUGGAGACUCUGGAAUGAAGCAUCUGUGUGAGAUUCUGGAGAGUUCAAUCUGCAAACUGAAGAAACUGAGAUUGAAUCAUCGCAGUUUAAUAGAGCUCAGUUGGGCUUUUCUGGGCUCAGCUCUGAAGUCCAACCCCUCCCAUCUGACAGAACUGGACCUAAACAGGAACUACAACCUGAAAGACUUUGGAGUGAAGCAGCUCUGUGGUUUUCUCCAGUCUCCCCUCUGCAAACUACAGACAUUGAGACUUGGUGGAUUUUCUCUCAAUGAGGCUGACUGUGAAAUUGUGACCUCAGCUCUGAAGUCCAAACCCUCUGAUCUGACUGAAGUCAUAAUAGAUGAGAUCAGUAGAGGGAAAACCUUUGGAGACUCUGGAAUGAAGCAUCUGUGUGAGAUUCUGGAGAGUUCAAUCUGCAAAGUGAAGAAACUUAAGUUAAAUAGCGGCAGUAUAUCAGAGAUCAGCUGUGCUUCUCUGGUCUCAGCUCUGAAGAACAACCCCUCCCAUCUGACAGAACUGGAACUGAUGUGGAACAAAGACCUGAAAGAUGAUGGAGUGAAGCAGCUCUGUGGUUUUCUCCAGUCUCCCCUCUGCAAACUACAGACAUUGAGGUCAGUCACCAUGUUUUAGUUUAGUGCUGAUAUUUCUGAUGGUAAAGUUGUGUUGACUCUAAACUGCAGACAUGUGGCUGAUAUUCUACUGAUCCACACUGAGGAUCUUCAGGCUAAAGUCUGAUUUCUUCUUCACUGCUUUGAUCCAGUUAAAGUUUAUUUCUUUUUCAAACUUCCUCCCAUGAUGUC